ACUCGCCACCGCGCAGCCAAUCAGGAGGCGGGAAGCGCUCCGGCCCAAGCGUGCGGGCGGGGCAGGGUGUCGGCCCCGCAAGGUAGGGGCGCAGAGCGGGGCGGCCAGGGGUGAGGGGCCGCGCUCCGGGAGCUGCGCGGGGCUGCGUGGAGGAAGCGCUGAGUGGUGCCGCCGCCACCGCCUCUUCGUCGGGAAGAAGCGGCUGGUCUUCCGCCUUGCCCGGAAUCCCAGUCAGAAGUUCCAGCCUACCACUGUUCUCUGAUGCCAUGCCAGCACCAACUCAACUGUUUUUUCCUCUCAUCCGUAACUGUGAACUGAGCAGGAUCUAUGGCACUGCAUGUUACUGCCACCACAAACAUCUCUGCUGUCCGUCACCCUACAUUCCUCAGAGUCGCCUGAGAUAUACACCCCAUCCGGCAUAUGCUACAUUUUGUAGGCCAAAGGAGAACUGGUGGCAGUACACACAAGGAAGGAGAUAUGCUUCCACACCACAGAAAUUUUACCUCACACCUCCCCAAGUCAACAGCAUUCUUAAAGCUAAUGAAUACAGUUUCAAAGUACCAGAAUUUGAUGGCAAAAAUGUUAGUUCUGUCCUCGGAUUCGAUAGCAAUCAGCUGCCUGCAAAUGCACCCAUUGAGGACCGGAGGAGUGCAGCAACCUGCUUGCAGACCAGAGGGAUGCUUUUGGGGGUUUUCGAUGGCCAUGCAGGCUGUGCUUGCUCCCAGGCGGUCAGUGAAAGACUCUUUUAUUAUAUUGCCGUCUCUUUGUUACCGCAUGAGACUUUGCUAGAGAUUGAAAAUGCCGUGGAGAGUGGUCGGGCACUGCUACCCAUUCUCCAGUGGCAUAAGCACCCCAAUGAUUACUUCAGUAAGGAAGCAUCCAAAUUGUACUUCAACAGCUUGAGGACUUACUGGCAAGAGCUUAUAGACCUCAACACUGGUGAGUCAACUGAUAUUGAUGUUAAGGAGGCUUUGAUAAAUGCUUUCAAGAGACUUGAUAACGACAUCUCCUUGGAAGCUCAAGUUGGUGAUCCUAAUUCUUUCCUCAACUACCUGGUGCUUCGAGUGGCAUUUUCUGGGGCUACUGCUUGUGUGGCCCAUGUUGAUGGUGUUGACCUUCAUGUGGCCAAUACUGGCGAUAGCAGAGCCAUGCUGGGUGUGCAGGAAGAGGAUGGCUCUUGGUCAGCAGUCACACUGUCAAAUGACCACAACGCUCAGAAUGAAAGAGAACUAGAACGACUGAAAUUGGAACACCCAAAGAAUGAGGCCAAGAGUGUGGUGAAACAGGAUCGGCUGCUUGGCUUGCUGAUGCCAUUUAGGGCUUUUGGAGAUGUAAAGUUCAAAUGGAGCAUUGACCUUCAAAAGAGAGUGAUAGAAUCUGGCCCAGACCAGUUGAAUGACAAUGAAUAUACCAAGUUUAUCCCUCCUAAUUAUCACACACCUCCUUAUCUCACUGCUGAGCCAGAGGUAACAUACCAUCGAUUAAGGCCACAGGAUAAGUUUCUGGUGUUGGCUACUGAUGGGUUGUGGGAGACUAUGCAUAGGCAAGAUGUGGUUAGGAUUGUGGGUGAGUACCUAACUGGUAUGCAUCACCAACAGCCAAUAGCUGUUGGUGGCUACAAGGUGACUCUGGGACAGAUGCAUGGCCUUUUAACAGAAAGGAGAACCAAAAUGUCUUCAGUAUUCGAGGAUCAGAAUGCAGCGACCCAUCUCAUUCGCCACGCUGUAGGCAACAACGAGUUUGGGACUGUUGAUCACGAGCGUCUCUCCAAAAUGCUCAGUCUUCCUGAAGAGCUUGCUCGGAUGUACAGAGAUGACAUUACAAUCAUUGUAGUGCAGUUCAAUUCUCAUGUUGUAGGGGCAUAUCAAAACCAGGAAUAGUGAGUGGAUCUUACUUUGGCAAUUCUCAAAUGAUAUAAAUUUAAAGGGCAGACAGAUUUUUUUUAAAGAUAUUAAUGUAAUACACAUUUCCAGUGGGUCAUUCUAAGCAUUUAAAACCCCUUUGAUACUGUAGCUAGUCAAGUACUCCAAAUUGGCUUUGCAGCAGGGUGACAUGAGAAGUCUGGUUCUGUCUAGGUCAGACCUCAUGGCAUCUGCACUUGAAGCAAGUAACUUCCUUAUUGCAGGUGUCCUGAAACAUUGGCUUUUACUAACCUAAGAAAAUCAGAAUGACCUGGCAAAUAGGAUCUUGAAUAGGCCAAAAAUAAGGAUCUUGCUGGAUGUAAUCUCUUGGUAAAAGGGAAGAAAUAUGCUGUUCACACCUGCAAACCCCUUUCUUCACUAAGAUUCCAGUGUACAUGAGACACAUAUUUAUUGCAUGAUUUUCUAGGUAUACAAUCUAUGCAUUCAUAUGAAAUUCAUAUAAAUUUAUUUUAGCCUGAAGUGGUUUUCAAAUCCAGCACUUUAAGCCAUAAAUGACCAAGAACCAAGCAAUCUGAGUUUGUAAGCUUUUGUGAUUAUUUGAAAUGGAAUACUUCUUAAAUGGAAGAACUAUAUUCCCUCACCCACCCAUGAUUUCCCAAUCUAAUUCAAACAUUUUCUAUUUUGCCACACACUCGGAGACAAUAAAGGUUUUUAGUUUUACCUACUCUUAUAUUGAUAUUAAAUACAGAAAAAAAGAUUUUUUAAUUUGUAUUCAUGAAAAUCUUUAUUUAGUUUGAAAUGAAGAGGUCCAGAAAAAAAAGAAGAGACUGACAUGUUGAAUUACUGUCAUUUGUAGCCACCAGCACAUCACUCUUAUAUAAUCCCCAAAGGCUUGGCGUGCUGAAAGUGUGGUGGGUAGGCUGCUGCUGGGGAAUCACACUUAGCUAGUUGUGAUAAGAAUUUUCAUCUUUUUUGGAGUUUUAAAGAUGAUGUGUAUUAAAUAAGUUUAAAUAUCAAUUUGGUGAGUAAGGUUGAAUAAUACCGGAUAUUGAGACAGGAGGAAGAUUUUGUUUUUCCCCAUUUAGACAUAGGUCAGUUAAAAUAAUUUGUUUAAAAUUACUAAGUGCUUUUGAACAUAUUGUAGCUUAAGAUAUAUGUGUUAAGAUAUAUACAUGAGAAAUUUUUAAGAGUAUUGUGCAUGCUUGAUGCGUAAUAGAACACUUAGUAGUGUCAAGUGUUUGCAGCAGUCUCCAUUAUUAUAUGCAGUCCCUUCUAAUACUGUAUCAAAGCAAAUGAAAAUAAAUAUAUUCAGAUUGGCUUAUUGGUAUGCAUCAAAUGGCAUCUUGUUCCUGUGUUUAAUGGUGAUCUGUAUACAGCUGUGCAUAUAUUUUCAUCACUUAUAGCAUCACUGUUAAAAAAAAGUGGCUAUGAUUAUGUUUGAUAUUCACAUAGAUUUUAAUACAAAACAUGAUCAGCUUUCUAUUGUGUAAUUAGGUAGGUGUUUAGGAGUCCUUUCAGAUUUUUGUAGGAUUUGAUUAGAUGUUCAAGGACUCCUGGACUGGAAGUGAAUCAAUGCAGUAAUGGCUGCAAAAUUUGUUCCAAUUGAAAAUAAGACUCAGGAAGAUUGCAGCUCAGAACAUCAAAUGUUUGUUUUCUGAGGUGUUUAUAUUUUAAUUUUUUUUUUUAAGUCAGCUUGGAACUUUUUUCCCAGGCAGUAUUGGGAAGACUAUAUUGUAUAUUUAUUUCUAAAUGUUUUGGUGGGAACUUCUUUUAAUGAAACAUAUGGACUGCUGUAGCAAAACCCAUUUUCAGCUACUAUUUUAAUUUCUCUUGAACACCAUCACUGAGGAGUUCCAUGUUAUUAUAAUACUGAGUAGUGUCUCAUCUGUGUAGUACAGGGAAUAUAAAGUUGGUUUCCUGUGGUCAUGAUUAAAAUGGUAAUAUUAUUAAGAAACUUGGUCCUCAAUCUGAAAGGUGAUCUGCUCUGUUUAGAAAUGAAAAUGCAGCGUGGAAUUGACAUUGUGGAAUUAAAAUAUUUGGGUGUUAGAAAUCUGAAUGUACUGUCAUCUAAAAGCAAUUGUGAUUUUAUUGUAAUUGGUUGUGAUGUGAUGUCUAAAAUUAAAGAAUACGUGUGAACUUUCAUGGUAUUUAGCCUUUCUUAAAUUUUUUAAAAGUGUAAACUUUCUAACAUAUGUAUUCAAUUUCUGUAUUCAUAUUUAAUCAGUGGCUCAUGAUAUAUAAUAUAUCCUUAACUAGUUAAGUGGAAUGUUGGUAUGGUACACAGAAAACUGUCUUAUAAAAGUUGUAUCUGUAUGAAGACAUGAAAGUUUAUAUUUAAUGUGGGAAAUGGCCAGAGAAAUAUCCACAGUGAAUUAAAGCUUCCUAUCUGCUUUCUGAA